UUUUCCACCAUCAGCUUCCAUCGUCCCGUGAAAAUGUCCCAAAACGGCCACUCCGGCGAGGUUCCGGAUGAGCCCGGAACCCACCAGACCAAUUCCGCCCAGCUGUUGGAGAGUUUGAUUGCGCGUCACGGGAAACCCGUGAAGGAGAACCGGUGGGAUCGCAUCCGGCGGAAGCACCUGAACAACAUCACCGUGACGUCGAAAACGGUGAAACGGUUCUUCAACAUGGAUUUCGUCGACGAGGGCCAGCUGCGGAUGCUGAACGGAGCGGGGGAGCAGAAGCAGACGCUGAAUCCGGUGCUCGUGAUGGAUAUCAGACACGAAAUGAUCAAGCGCAAACCGAAAUCAUCCGGCGGUACAAAACCCCCCUUAGACCCGGUCCGUGCCUACCAGCAGGAAACCCUGGAACAGCACAACCGCACCAUCGAGACGACCCUGUUUGAGAACGAGCUGAACAAGUUCCGCAAGGAAAUCACACGCAACGGCAAGCGGAACCAGGUGAGCGAGCAGAAGAAGAGCUUCCUGUUUAUCGACCUGCCCAAGAUCGACAACAGCUUCAUCUACGAUAGCCUGGAGGAGUGCGAGAAGUUUACGAACGAUUUCUACGAGAGUGCUAUCCGUGGGACGGAUAACUACAUCGAGGAGGUGCGGCAGGAGCAGCUGAUCAUGUACAAGGAGCCGGCUACGAUCGAGGAGAUUCGGGAGGAACCGGUGGAGAGCAAGACUAACGGGGAAGGUUCGAGCGAUGAUGAGGAGAACAAGAUUGUGCGCUUUGGGGAUACCCAGGUGAUUACGUAUCCGGCGGAGGAGUCGUCGUUCUCGCUGGACGGUUCCGAGUACGAUUUUGACGAUAAUGAGCUGUUUCUGGAGUCGCUGGACUCGGACUUGGACGAGUUUGAUGAGACGGAGUUUUUGUCGACGGAGAGUCCCUCGGAGGGUCAGGAUGGGCGAGGUACGAACGCGUAUCAUACGGAUUCCAGUGACGAUGGGUUUAACGUGACGCGUAUUGAGGACUCGGGUGGGUCUUCCAAGGAUGACAGUACCGACUUUGGGAGGGAGAAGUUGACCUACAACUAUGACGACUAUCCGGAGGUGCUUGAGGAACCGUUUCCGUCGCUGGAUGAAGGGGAUUUGAUCACGGUGAACCGUUGCAAGAUGGGAAAGAAAGACUACAGCAAGCUUCGUGUGACGAACUACAAGGCUGAGGACGGGAAGGAGGUCGAUGAUAAAGCGGAGAUUUCUGAAGAGUCCCGCAAGGUCAUUAGUGCAGCGUUGAAGGAGGGCUUCAUGCAGAACUACGACAAAGCAUUGCUCAAGCAGUUCUUCUUCAAGUGGCUUCAGUUUACGAUCUUGGAGAAGAUUUCCAAAGGUGCCGGGGUGAUUUCAACGCGCGAGCAGAAGCUCAAACGCAUCAACGACUUUAUCAACAACAUUCGAGCAAACAAGAAGAAAACGGUGAAGCCACCAAGCAUUGCACAGGUUGCGAGUGCUCGGAAGGACUACGAGCAUCGUCUGAAGGUUCAGCAGGACAUCAUCGAGCUGCAGAAGCUGAAGCUGGAACGUCAGGAACGCAUCAUAACCGAGCUGAAACUGUCCAAGUUCUCGGAAGCGGCCAAGAUAUCCAAGAUGGAGAUUCAAAGCGAGCUCCACAAGGCCAUGCGCACCGGCCACGUGCGUCUGCGGGCCAAAGCCAAGUGUAUCCAGAUCGUCGGAAACAUGAAGAACGACACCAGCGAAGAGGAUGAAAUGCGCAAACUGCAAGCCCAGGGGCUGAUGAUCCCCAAGUUCCUCGCAAAGAUGCAACAACGCGCUUUCGAACGUAGCCAGCGCCACCAGGAGGCCAAGGAGCGCCGCCUCCGGAUGGAGAAGGAGCGCGAGGAGAACAAAGUGGCCGCCGAAGAGGCGAAACGUCUCGAGGACGAGGAAGACCGCAAGAAGCGCUACCGCGAGAUGCGCGAGAAGCGCAAGAUCGAGAAGCUGCAGAAGAUCAUCCGCGAGCAGGAACGCCAGGCGUGGAUCGCCAACAACCAGAUCGCCAAGGAGUUCCGGCUGCUCAAGCUGAAGCGGUUCGCCAUACUGGCGUUCAAGCUGCUGCUCGGCAUCCGGCGGGACAACGAGCGGCGCGCGUUGGCCGCCCGCAAGCGGUACUACAAGCGGAAGUACUUCCGCCGCUGGUGGGGCCUCACGAACUCGGUUUGGGAGGGCAAGAAGCAGCGCGCGGACGAGCUGGCCAACGCGAAGGUCAUGCGGCUCGGGAUGAACGCGUGGAAGGAGUUCUGCCACGAGCAGCGCAAAAAGAUGCAGGUCGCCAUGGACUGGUGGGAGGUGCGUCAAACGGAGAAGGUCAUUUCGGUGUGGGUUGGACGCACGAAGCAGUCGCUGCUGAUUCUGCAGGGCAAGAUGUCGCACGCGUCCGCGCACUAUGAGUGGCAACUCAAGUGGAAGGUGUUUGAGCGCUGGCAGCGCCUCCACAUCAUACUGAAGAUUGAGAAAGAGACUGAGCAGCGGCGCCAGCGGUGGCGCAUGAAGAUCUGGGAGCUGCUGCCCGACUACAAACCGAUCGAGGAGGAGAUUUAAGCAUUAACCCUAGAUACCAGCAACACCGUCAGCAAUAUUAUUGUGCAACACUUGAUAUAAGCUAAAGUCUGAUUUUUUCAAUUUUUCUUCCAGAAUUUUCAACCUGUAGUAGCGACUUUGUAGUAGAAUCGUUUUUUCGAAGAAAAUAAAAUUUGGAAACUCAAAAAAGGCUGUGAUAUUCUUGUUGAAGGGAAUUCCACCUAAUUUUGGAGUGUUGAUAAUAAUCACUUAAAUUAAUAUCAAUGUUUAUUGGCUAUUUCUACGGAACCUUUAGACCGCUGUUCGCCGAUACAUAACGAAAGGGUCGAAGGGGUUUGAUUUUUCUGUUGGAUAUUUUUGUAAUGCGCUCAAUUUCUUGAGCUCUGAGCUUCUCUAUCGUUUGGUGAUAUUUUUUAGGUUAGUUCAUUAGAGCGUAAAAUAACUGCCAUGUAUAAUAAUAAUACGGAUGAUAACAAACUGGGUUUUUUUUUCGCUAUUUUAGAGAGUGCACUUAUUACGUGUGGUGAAAGAUGAAACGGAAAAAACGAUUUGGUGUUUUUUUUUUGUGUGUUUUUGCAUUUGAUGCCGUAACCGAACAACCUAAAUCUCUAAACGGUUUGCUUUCCACACCUAAAUGAGCACCAAUCAGAACCUAAUUGCGUAUAUUUGUGCUAGAAUAAUAAUUGUUUUAAUAUUUUUUUGUUUUGCUUUUAACGAUACGUAGAGCAUAGGAUAUUGUUUGUAAUUCAUGAUAAGUGGUUACGUGAAAGUGAGAAGGAGGAAAAAGAAAACUAUAUUAUUCAUAAUCUUCUUCUUCUUCUUCGUUUAUCUAAAACGUUUAUCAGUCUACAUACUGGCUGUGGCUUUGAAGAGCAACAGCGCUUGUUUGAAUCCUUUUUCGCACAAAAGGAUGGGUUUUUGUUUGUCUAUCAUUGGAAUUAGUUUUGUGAAUUUAUGAUAUACUUUGUUACUUUAGGUUUUUUUUGCGAUUAAGUAGUGUUUUAUGGGAUUUUUGUAAUUCUUUUCUUCUUUCUUUAAGGAGCAAAGAAAUUACAAGGUUGACUACUUACGACCUAAAUUGACUUAAACUUACUUUAAAUUUAAACUGCCUUUUUGUUAAGAAUAUUUCGUUCAUUCAAUAAAUAUUC